UUCUUCCUUCAUUCAUUAGAAUUAUUAACGGUUAACGCCCAGUUUUGCACGCUUCGCUUUAAGACACGGAGGCUGAAAGAGAGAUAUGAGUGAAUUUUUAAGAAGAAGAAACAGAUCUUCUUUACUUUUCUCGUUGUUCUUCCUCUCUGUUCCUCUUCCUUUCUUGUCAGGUAUAGCCGAUGACUCAUCUGGGGCAAAAAAUGGCACUAUGAAGUCUGAUAAGCAUGCUGCUUCUACAAACAAUACUGGGAUCCCCAAGAUUGCCAUCAUUUUGUUUUCCAUGGUGGCAAUAGGGUUUCUCGCUUUUUUCCUUUUCCAGUUUUGGCAAAAGAAGAAAAGAGAAGAGCAGUAUGCCCGUCUUUUGAAGUUGUUUGAAGAGGACGAUGAGCUUGAAGUUGAACUUGGCCUUCGGGACUGACUCUUUUAUUGUACUUAAAGGCUUGAAAGAAACUUGUUCGGAGGAAAAGUUGCUCCUCUGUUGCCAAGAUUGGGCUGUGGUGAUCCCUGUGUAGAGGUUAGAUGAUCUUCCAAUUGAAUUGCGUAAUAUUUGUCACUUUUCGUGAAUUUGAAUUCUUUGAUUACAUAGAGAAGAUUAGAUUCUUCUUUGAAUAAGUUCCGAGGGUCUCAUUCCCAGUUUGUAAAAAUGAUUCUUUGUUCUGAUGGACAUUGAAGUGUGUAAGAAUCAUGCAUUUUGAUGCAAAGCAUCUUGAAUGAAUAUAUUCAAUGUUACUAGAAAGGAUGAGUGGAUGUAACUUCUUCGAUUCUAGCUGCUAUUUCGAGCUAUUUUUUAUCCCAUAAUGGAUGUGUGUGCCUGCUGCUCUCUGGCUC